UUCUCCUUAUCCGACCUGUCUCGUUUUCUUUUAGUCGGCGUUGGUGUCUGCAACUUCACUUGCAGCUUCACGGUUUGGUCUUGUAGCAGGUUGCUACCCAAAUUUAUCCGUUAGAGCAUAUUUCGGUUUUUUUUUUUACGGGUCUUCGUGCAACCAUCCAGUCGCCGAACCCUUUGUUUCGGUUUCUUACGUGUUGUUGAAUGGUCAUUGAAUUUUGUGGGCGUGAUUCCUUGAUGACCGUUUGAUGGCUGAGCUACGCUAUUUGCGGCAUUUCGAGCUUGCUGGGUACAGGACAAACAAAGCGGCUCUGCAUACACUUUCAGCCUGUGAUCAGAAAUUUAUGACAUCCUUCCCAGUUUGUAAGCAAAAUAAAAAAUGCAAUCUGAAGCUUUACAUUAUGCCCAUCAAGAUUGCUGCUCAGUUUUGUGUCACGAGAUCUUCAGUUGGAUCAUUGAAACCUGGUGAAAAAGGCCCUCAAAAUGAUGUUUGUGCCACUUCUUCAUAUCCAGAUGACUAUCAGAGCAGUAAUGAUUUUGAGAGACAGUUACAAGAGUUUUUUGAUGAUAUCAAACGAAUGAUUAGGAUGGGAAACAAAAAUGAAGCUACAGAUUUGCUCAAGGCAAAUUAUGAAAUGGUGAAUGAGAGGCUGAGUGGAGGCACUAAAGGUGUAGAAGAAGCUGCUGUUCUGGAUAUCAUAGCACUAGGUUUUAUGGCUGUUGGUGACUUCAAUUUUGUUGGUUCUCUACUGAAUGUGAUGAAGGAAGUUGUUGACACUUUGAAGGAUGAUGCGCCAUGUCUAGAUUCAAUUCUCAUGCAUAUGGGAAGCAUGUAUUCAACUUUAGGGAACUUUGAAAAAUCACUCGACACAUAUCACAGGGCUAUUUACAUCAUGGAAAGGACCUAUGGUAAGGAUAGCACUUUUCUUGUCACACCCUAUUUGGGUAUGGCUAAAGUUUAUGGUUCUGACGGAAAAGCAACAAAAUCAAUGGAAAUGUACCAAUAUGCUAUUACUCUCCUUGAAUCAAGUAGAGGUGCUAAAAGCAAGGAUUUGGUUGUACCUUUACUUGGUCUUGGCAACCUUUUACUUAAACAAGGAAGAGCCAUUGAUGCAGAAGCUCAUUUUACAAGAGUUCUGAACAUAUAUACAUCAUUUUAUGGGCAAAAUGAUGGUAGAAGUGGAAUGGCUAUGAGUUCCCUGGCACAGGUGAAAUGUGCUCAAGGGAAGGUGGAUGAUGCAAUCCAUUUGUACAAGAGUGCUCUUCAAAUCAUCAAGGAAUCAAAUUAUAUGUCACCGGAUGACAGCAUUAUGGAAAAGAUGAGGGUAGAUCUGGCUGAAUUACUACACACCGUUGGGAGGGGACAAGAAGGCAGAGCAUUAUUAGAGGAAUGUUUAUUAAUCACAGAGAGAUAUAAGGGAAAUGAGCAUCCCGACUUAGUGACACACAUGAUGAACCUUGCAACUUCAUAUUCACAAUCAAAUAAUUAUGUAGAGGCUGAGCGCUUGCUCCGAAGAAGUUUGAAAAUCAUGACAAAGAAGAUGGGGACCGAUGACCAGUCCAUCACUUUCCCAAUGUUGCACCUUGCAGUUACUCUCUACCAUCUGAAGCAAGAUGAAGAGGCAGAGCAAUUUGCCCUAGACGUUUUGCGCAUACGCGAGAAGGCAUUUGGAGAAGAUUCUCUUCCUGUUGGGGAGGCAUUGGAUUGUUUGGUGUCCAUUCAAACCAGAAUCGGUAAGGAUGAUAGUGAAUUACUCAAGCUGCUUAAGAGGAUACUGAAUAUCCAAGAGAAAGAAUUUGGGCCCGAGAGUGACGGGAUUAUGGUUACCCUGAAAAAAAUUGUAUAUUACUUGGAUAAACUAGGAAGAAGGGAUGAAAAGCUUCUCAUUCAGAGAAGGUUGUCUGUGCUUCGAAGAAAGUUCAAGCAAAUGGUUCGCCAUUGAAAGUGUAUUGUUCCAUUACCAAUCUUUAUCCUUCUUGCUUGAA